AUGAGCAAGACGACCAACGAGACGACGACGGCUGUGAGCCUCGAGGAGAGGGAAGACCAGCACCUCUUUUUCCAGGCGCUUCGGCGCCGGCCCGUCUCCCGCCACCACGACGCGCUUCAUGCCCGCGGCGUCGCCCACAUCGGCGACGACCGACCGAUCCCGACGCCGCCUGCCGUCGACGUGCUCAGUAUGAACCGCAAUGCGAUGAUCUGCAAGGCCGUCGUGCUUCUAUGGCGCUACCACGUGCGCAUGGGCGCGUGGCGGAAAUGGACGCUUGUGGCGGCCGCCGAAACCAAGCGUCUGCGCGAACUGCACCUCCGGCAACUGCGCGACGCAGCGAUGACACUGCUCCGUCAAUCGUCUCUGACGUACGACGUCGACGCGAUGGCGACGCUGCUCGAGUGGGUCAAAGAGCUCCAUGGCAAGAUUUUUCGCGACCUGUCCAGAGACCAGCUGCAAGACAUUGUCUCGCACAUGAACCUGCGUCCCGUCCUUGCCCACGACUGUUUGUUCCUCGAAGGCGAUAUUGGCCACGGCUACUACUUGCUGCUCUCGGGCGCAGUGUCGAUCUACGUGGGCAUGCCGGCAACAACGACCUUGCGCCUCGCCCAAUCCCGAUUCGAAGCGCUGGAGGCCAUCCGCCAGGCCCCGACCUUGCUCGGUACGUACAAAUAUGACGUUCUUGAGGGCGACGGCUUUGGCGAGGUGUACGACCGAACGCUUCGAAAAGCGCAGUUGGCAGCCUAUCGCAAUGCGCAGGCCAUGGCCUUUCUGCCGACAGUCGACAUGUUCGCCGACUGGGUGCACGCCAAGCUUGUGACGCUGUAUGGUCUCCUCGAUCGGCGACAAGUGGCCUUUGGCCAGCACCUCUUGACCCAAGACAAGCCGAUCCCUGCGAUCUACUUCAUCUUGUCGGGGCACGUGCACCUCGUGCAGACGUGGAUAACACGUGGCAGCGACAUCAAGCCCGCAACGACGCUGCCCAUCACGGUCGACACGGUCGGCUGCCGCGGUAUUCUCGGGAUGCAAACGCUGGUCGAGCCGUUGCGAAGACGGAGCAAGUACACCGCGAUCGCCGCGUCUGACGCGGUCGAGUGCUUUGCCGUGCCUCUAGUGCACUUGGAUGCGUUCCGCGCUCUGCUUCCAUCGAGCCACAUGGCGCAUUUACGAGAUUCGUGGCACGCCCUCGACGCCGCACGCGCUGCGCGGUUUGAGCAUGCGAUCGCUGUCUUGCAAACCAAGACGGCAACGACCCCUAUACAACAUUUGCCUGCAAAGCCGGAGAGCAUCAGGUUGACACCGAAACUACGGUUCGAGCGCGAGAAAGGACCGAUGACGCUGCCGACGAUGACGUCUCUGGCCGGGAAGAAAUUUGUGUUUCACGAUUUCGACCUGCUGUCGCAUAAAGAGCCGACAUACCUCGCAUCAUCGUCCUUGCCAAAGAUGACGCGUGUCGCCAAGCCGCCGCCGCCCAAGGACGAGUGCGCCAAGGUCGCGGCGCUGCAUUUGCGCGCGUUGGAAGCGCACGCAUGGGACGCGAUGCCCAUAACGUCGCCGCGAAAAACGGGCGACGUGCGGAGUCCCGAGCGCCCGCCGCUCCCGCCCUUUGAACGCAGCGUGGCGACCACGCGGUUGAAAGCCCGGGCUGUCGCGGCCGAGCACACGUCGUUCACCAAGGCGCGGCGGAUCGUCCACGAACCGCUCUUGUCGUUUAAACAUGCGUUUUAA